AUGGGGAUACCGGCUCUUUUUCGUGGAAAACCGAAUAUGGAUUCACUGGUAUCGCUUGGGUCACUGACGGCAGGAAUCUACAGUAUUUUUGUGAUGAUGGAGAUUUUAAUAACUUCUGAAUCAUCAUCUCCCUUGUAUUUUGAAUCGGCCGGUAUGAUACUAACCCUAGUUUCGGUUGGUAAAUAUUUGGAAUCACGAUCAAAAGACAAAACGACGGAUGCGGUAUCUCGUCUUCUUAAUUUGAAUCCGAAAUCGGCAACUGUUCUGCGUCAUGGUGAAGAACGUGUUAUUCCGGUUGCUGAUGUGGUGCUUGGUGAUACCGUUAUUGUUACCUCGGGGUCUCAGAUUCCGGUAGAUGGGAUAGUAUCUUUUGGAGUAUCUUCGGUUGAUGAAUCGGCUUUAACGGGUGAAAGUUUGCUCUUAACAAAAAAAAUCGGGGAUUUUGUUCGCGCGGGGACAAUUUGUUUGUAUGGAGGAAUCAGGGUAACGGCAGAAAAAGUAGGUAAAGAUACGACACUAUCCCAGAUAAUCGAUCUUGUUCAGAAGACGGGAGCUUCCAAAGCGCCAAUAUCACGGUUAGCCGAUAGAAUCAGUGGGAUAUUUGUUCCGAUUAUCCUUGGCCUUUCAAUGAUUGUUUUUCUGAUAUGGCUGAUAUCAGGUGCGUCCGUUUCAUCAGCUUUAUCAUUUGGAAUUGCGGUCAUGGUGAUUUCAUGUCCCUGUGCUCUUGGAUUGGCAACUCCGGUUGCCGUAAUGGUUGCGACCGGUAAAUCAGCAUCAUUAGGGAUAUUGGUCAAGUCGGCAAGAGCCCUGGAGUUGGCAGGUCGUGCGGAUACGGUUAUUUUUGAUAAAACCGGGACAUUAACGUAUGGUUCGCCUCGAGUUCAGGCGGUCUAUCGGUCUGAAGGUGUAUCCGUCAUGAAGUUUUCUGCGAUUGCAGUUUCCUUGGAAUCAAUGUCAUCGCAUCCGUUUGCCAAGGCUGUUGUUUCUUCCCUAGAAAAACAGGACUGUCAUGUUUAUCCAGUCAUCGAUUUUCUCACGAUUCCCGGUCGCGGAGUUUCGGGAACGAUAAAUGGAAUCCGUUGUUUUGCGGGUAAUCGAAAAUUUAUGGAAGAAAUGCAGGUAUCACUAUCUUUUCCUUCCGUUUUAGAAGAUUAUGGUUCACGCAUUUAUUUUGCCGAGGGGAAUACACCGCUUGGGGUUAUCUCAUUAGUUGAUAAGAUCCGUGAUUCUGCGAUUGAGACGGUAGUGGAUCUUCAUACUCUUGGUUUUCAGACGGUUAUGUUAACAGGAGAUCGGAAGAAAACGGCGGAGAUUGUCGCUCAGUCUCUUGGUAUUGACAGGUAUUUUCCCAAUCUUCUCCCGGCGGAAAAAGAAGCAGAAAUUAGGAAUAUACGGCGUCAGGGUCAUGGUACUAUCAUGGUUGGAGACGGUAUAAAUGAUGCUCUGUCGCUUGUUUCUGCGGAUGUGGGUAUUGCAAUAGGAACUGGUUCUGAUAUUGCUAUUAACGCUGCUGAUAUUGUAUUAAUGCGCAGUAAUCUGAUGUUGGCAUUGAAAGGAAUAAAGGGUGUUUCGGAUAUUGUUGUGUCAUUGGAAAAUCAUUCGGCUACUGUUACCGUUUCUCCUGAUAUUUCAGAUGAUGAGUUGAAAAAUGCCAUUGUUAUGGCUGAUUUUAAGGUAAGUGAUUUGGUAUCUUCCUUGGAAUCGGCAACAGAACUUCGUCAUUUCCUUUCAUCCGUUUUGGAAGAAUACGGAAUGAACAAUUCAGAUGUUCAUGACGUGAUUGAAAGUUAUCGAAAUCGUGUUCUUUUAGAUAACGUAAAUUCCGAUGAGAAUUCUCAUUUGGAGACUUCUGCGGGAUUAUCGGAUAUCUCUGAAUAUCCACAAUCUUCGGGAGAUGAAAAUAGCUCGGAAUUAUCUGUUGAUUCGUCUUCAUCAGGUACUCCUUUCAAUGAAUCUGUUUCAUCAAUUGAUUCACAGAAUGAUUUAGCAUCUGAACCAUCGGCUGUUUUAUCGCAUGCAGUUUCGGAUGAUGGCAAAAAAUUGGAUGCAAAAUCCCAGUCAUCUGAGAAUCAAAACAAUAAUCCAUUUGGUGUCACGUCUUCUCCGUUGCGUAAUCCGUUGCUUUGGACGCCCCCGGUAACACAGUCUAAAGGUUUUGAGUGUGUUCGGGGAAAUAAAACAGAAAAGCCGGCAGAAUCCGUUGAUGAAGUGAGUUCUGAAAAUUAUGUCUGUUCGAAAUGCGGUGCGCCGGUAAGUCGGUUACAGCGUGAUGUUUCAAUGCUCUUUAAUCACAAAAUCCUUUGUAAGGAAUGUAUGAAAUAA